UUUUUUUUAUUUCUUUCGAGUACAUCAACAAAAUUUCUUUAAACGUGUGUUGUGCUGCAUACGAAAAGGAAAUGAAUCACUUUGUUCUAAUGUUCAAAUUCAAAAUUUAAUACAAAUAUGAAUGAAAUACUUAUGGAGCAAACCGAUUUUCUAAAAGACGACCACCAAAAAGUAAAUUUUUAUGCUUUGGAGACAAAUAAAAGUGGAUUACUGUCUCAAAUAGCAACCGUUGUACAGAAUGUUUUGAACAAUUUUGGCAGUAUUUUGAUUACACUAUAUUUAUUAUCACCCUCUUUUUGUAUGCUUCGGGAAGAUGUAUCCAGAAGCUAUUUAAUUUCUGCAUUAUUUAUAGGCACAGGCAUAUGUGCUUUGGUGGUGACAUUAUGUUCUAACAAAUUUACUGUAACUGGGAGUAACAGAUUGGGAUACCUAGUUUGUUUACUGAUGUUAUUUGAAAGAAAACGAUGUGAUGCGGCUGGAGAUAUUUACGCAAUGGGACCAGAUAUGAGAACUGCCGAAUGGCUUCAAAAGCUUAAUGAAAUCCAAGGCGGUGUUAUAAUUACUUGCAUAGUUCAAUUAUUUUUCGGUUUGAUCGACAUGAACUUUCUUGUCAAAUUCAUUAGACCUGUAAGCAUUGCUCCAACUAUGAUAUUAAUCGGAUUAUUUGUAACCAAAACAUCGGCGAUGAGAAUGGCUAGCUCGAGUCCAUUUUUAUUUGUAAUAACGAUUGGAUUGAUGUUUUGUGUGCAUUCUGUUGUCUAUAAUUGUUCAGACGAGAAACAAAAAAGCGUAAAAUUAAGGAACAAAUUAUACGUGGGAGCAAUAUGUGUGAUAGUUAUGUGGAGUCUAUGCGCAGUAUUGUCUACAUUUGAACUACUUUGGAUGCAUAGUGCUGCAAGAACGGAUAUAUAUACUGGUGUUUAUAACUAUAUUUCGAUGUUCAGAUGCUCAUUUCCAUUUCAGUGGGGAAUUCCAGAAUGGAAAAGUGAAUCCAUAUUCCCAGUGUUACCUGCUGCCUUUAUAACAGUGUUCGAAAUACUCGCAAAUUUUCACAAUCGUCAGAAAAAAACAAGUGAGACGGAUGAAUUGCAGACCACGAGCAUGCUAAUUAAACUGGAAGCCAUUCUUUGCUUGGUAAUGAAUUCAAUGGGCGUAGUCAUUGGAUUAAACGUCGGUGUAAAGAAAGAUGGUAGGAAACUUACAGACAUUUGUACCGCCACAGUAUUAAUUGCAGUUGCAUUUUCGGGAUCUCUAUGCGCAUUUUUUACCAUGAUACCUGAGCCUAUAGUUGGCGCACUAAUAUUUAUGACAUUUUUAUCGGCCAUUUUAGAAGGAUUCGAUAUGCUGAAGUUUAUCGACUUGAAGUUAGCAAAAAAUAUUUACGUACUGGGAAUUUCACUUUUUAUGGCUUUCUUUAUUCCCUUAUGUAUCAACGAAGAUCUCGAAAUAACAGGAAAACCAUUAAUUGAUAGAAUAUUAAGAUGUUUACUAUCGACAGAUUUUAUCAUCGUUUCAUUUACGGCAAUGGUUAUGGAUAAUCUAUUUCGAGUUUUUAUGGAGGAAUCAGUGACGCCUAAAAAGACAAAUACGAUUUCAGUUCCAUCCGACGGAUCAGAAAAGAGUGUUGAUGCCCCACAAUUUUGCGAUUGCUUAUCUCCAUUUUUUGCGUAAGUCAAUUCAAUUGAGUGCUUUGGUAGAAAUAUUUACUUAUUAUCAAGAAAGUACCUUAACUAUUCAUUCUGUGAUUAAAUAUAACUAUAUCCAAAUGUUUCUGGAAAAGUAAGUCUUUUCCUACCUAUUUAAAUAUUUGUGUUUAGUUUUACGUGAAUGUGCUUAUCCUAUUUUUAUAUUAUUUUAUUUGUGAAUUUGUAAAUUCGUUCUCAAAAGUCUUCAGCGUUUCAUGGUUAGGGAAGGGGAGAAGAGGGGAUCAAAUUCAAAAUACAAGCUCAUAUAUUUUCCCUUCUUUUAAAUAAUUAGAGUUUCAACUUUUUUUUUUCAAUUUUGAGCAGAAUUUUGACAAAAUAUAAACAUCUACUUACCUAACUUUUUUUGCUUGCCCAAACGCAAAAUUUUCUCCAUUAACUGAAUUUAAUUUAAAAUUAAAUUUUAGAGAUUUAACAAAUUAGAAAAUUAUUUGAUUUACCAAAACAAUAAAUGCCUUCUGUUUUUAAAAUUCGAUUCAAAAACGUUGAAACGAAAAAUUGUCGACAAAAUAACAAUUUGUGAUUUGCUCCACGCUUCUGUACUCCUAUUGGUAGGUACGUACAAUGGGGAACAUGCUAUACCUAUACUUGGGUACCUAUCUGUCAUAACCUUAAGUGCUGUUGUACAUAAAUAUAGGUAGGUACUAGGUACCUCGUAAAGACAAUCCAUGCUAACUAACUGCAUAUUUUUCUUACAUGUAGAUUAAUUGUAAUUUUGUAAUCUAUUUCCAUUAAACUACCUAUCAUAAAUUUAA